AUGGCUGCAAAUAAUUCAACAGGUAAGACCAAUGUUUUAUCUUCGUUCAAUCCACAAGAUCAUUUAUUUGUACAAUAUAUGACAUCUAAUUUGCUUGUGAAAAAAACAUCAAAAGAACCAGUACGAGUGUAUGCGUUAAACCUGUCUAACAAGAAUAACAACUACAAAAUUGAAAAGAUAGAGAAUCUGGAACUUUAUUGUGAGUUGAGACAAUUGAAUCUUUCCUACAAUCGUAUAUGCGAAAUUAAUGGGUUAUCAACGCUUCAUAACCUAACUGUUUUAAACAUCUCAUACAAUUGUCUCGUGUCUUUAAACGGGAUACAGUCAUUGUCUAAUCUUUUGGUACUAAAAGUUAAUAACAAUCAAAUCAAAUCCAUUCCUAAAUGGCUACCUAAACGGUUACCGAAGCUGAAAACAAUCCAAUUACACCACAAUCAGAUCGAUACUCUUCAUCAAAUAACAUACUUGAGAUCUCUGUCUAAUCUCACAGUUUUCACAUUUGAAGGCAAUCCAGCAGUUAACCAGCUUAUAAUAAAUACCAAUAAUAGCUCUAGCAGUGAUGAAUCUGUAAUCAAAAAUACGAUCGAAAAAUUUGAUGCCCAAUCACUUUAUCGAAUAUUUGUUAUAUUUCAUUUAUGUUCGGUUAUUUUGCUGGAUAAUAAAGAAGUUCUUCCAUUUGAAAGACAAGUAGCAGAACAACGAUUCUCCCAAGUUGAAAUAUCGAGAUAUUUAAAAAAGUUGAGCACGUAUGAAAGUCAAUUGAAGGAAAUAGAGACAAGAAACUCAAUUCUGGAAAAAGAUCUAUCACAUGAACAAUCUCAGCUAAGUGAAACUAUGCAUAAAAGGAAGUUGGAUAAUGAUUUGAUCUCAAAUUUAGAAGAAGAAUUACAUGCCAAAGAUAAAUUGCUUCAUUUAAAAUCUGAAGAGUUAGCCCGCUCAUAUUUAAAACAUUUUGAACUAGAACAAGAAUUAGCUUUUCGCAAAAUUGAUGAAAAGUUGGGGUUAUUUAAUUCAUAUCUACCGAAACCACCACGUAACUCACUUGAUGUUCACCGAGUUCAAGACACUGGUGAUCAACCUUAUCUAGGCAAAUGUAUGUUUGGAUAUAAAUCAAUAAAUAACGCAUCAAAUGGUCAUAAAUGUUCAUCUGAACAUCUAAUCAACAUACAAAAUAAAAUGCCUCCCACUAAUGAUACUAAUGAUACUAAUAAUAACAACAACAACAAUAACAACUGUCACAAAUCUCAUUCUAAUAGUUUAGAAAAACGACUAGAAAAUGGUCAUAGUGAUAAUCAUGAACAAUCUAAUGUUGUUAUACAUCCAUAUUCUUCUGACAUUAUGUCAUCGAAUAAUGUAAAUGAAGCGGUGAAUCCUAAAUUAGAACAGAAUAUGAUCAAUGUGAAUGAUGAGUUCAGUCGUUUAUCUCAUUCGAAAAAUUCAUCGAAUUGUUUCUCGACAAUAGAUGAUAAAGUUCGUAAAUCUCCAACACUUGACAAACCUCUCAAUGAUACACAAGCAUCUAAUUUAUUGGAAGACAACAAGGCCACUACAUCAUCAUCAUCAUCACCGUCACAAACAGAGAAUAAAUCUUUAUGCAAAUCUUUCGAACAAUUGAAUGUCGAAAAAAUUCAAAUGAAAUUAUCUAAAUUACAGUCGGAAUUAUUACAACUUCGUAUUGAAGAAUCAACUAUACAAAAUAAUAACAAUAAUAAGAAUAACAAUAUCAAUGAUAAUAAAGAUUCUAAUAUUAAUAAAUUGAAUCAUCGUAUACAAAGAUUAGAAAAUGAAUUGAAUCAAUUAUGGACUAUGGCUGAUUCAUUGAAAUUGAAAUCUAAUAAUGGUGAAAAUGACAUCGAUCAUCGACCCAAUAAUAUCACUACUAAUAAUAUAUGCUUAAAUUCUUUUGUAACAUUAACGAAACAAUCAUCAUCCGAUAGAAUAAAACAUGUUAAUAUUUUUCAAUCAGACAAAAAUCCUAAAUAUUUUUCAUAUCAAUACUCAAGACAUAAUUCACCUCAUCAGAAACAUCAACGACGUUAUAGUCUUCCAAAUAAAGAUAUUGAUUUGCAACAAAUUGUAUCUGGUGAUCAUUUUAAUCAUUUCAACGGGACAACAAGUAUAGGCUCGGAAUUUGAUUCAUAUGAAGAAGUUUUAGAUAGUCCUCGAAAAUUAAUCAAUCGUUCCAAAAGAAAAGAGAGUCAUCAGUCCACAUUAUCACAUGAUCGUGGUAUGGGUUCUAUUACACCAUCAACUCCAAGUUCUCGAACAACAGCAACAGGACGUAGUGCUUUACAUUCUAUACUUACUCCUCGUUCGAAUGACGUGUACACAACAGAUCAUUUGUCUAAACCGUUUGUUACUGAUAGUGUAAUGAAUAAAAUGGAUCAUUCAAGAAAAAAUCUAAAUAAUGAAAAUGUUCCAAAUAUACAACCUGGAUGUAUACGUGGUUCAGGUGUUGGUGGUCCUCUACCUCUUACACAUAAUUCAAAACCAUCUUCGUUUGAUUUGCCUCUAUCUCAUUCGUAUACUCAGAAUAUUCAUGAAAAUAAUCAUCAUAAUAACAAUCGAACAUCUGAAAACUCACAUUUUCAAAAAUCUGAUAAUUUCAAGAGAUAUCACACUUCCAGAUUGCCUAAACCUAAUCCUACUCGUACUUUAUCUCGAGGCUCAGAUCCUUUACAGUUCAAUGAUCAAGCGUUGCUAUAUACUGGAAAAAGUAAGAAAUUAGGUUCUCGGAUGAGAUCUUGUGUAAGAGGUAAAUUGUCAAAGCGAAAGCAUAAACUACUACGAUCCCGUAGUGAUUCACAUAAAUCUGAGAAAAUUAUGACAGAUUCAAGCCAAAAUCAUAGUCUAAGUGAUCAUGCAGAAGAACUUUUGAAUUUGAUUGUCAUGUCACGUGAUGCUUGUUCCAUGGAAGUCGAUCGUCUACGAGAAGACUUGUCGAGACUACAUAAAGCCAAUUCAAAACGUCACGUACAUUUACAUCAUAACAAGCAAAAUAACAAUCAAUGUAUUUAUGCUGAUUGUGUUGAACCGAUGCGAAAUCACGUUGAUUCUUUAAAAACUAGAUAUUCACCAGCUGGUGAUGAUAAUGACGAUUGUACUUUUACAGAAUGUCAACCUACUGUUCUAUAUCAAAAAACACAAUCACGUACAACAAAUUAUCAUCAAUAUCCAUCUGAAAAUAAUGAUAAUACUACUACUAAUACAAACAAUACUAUUAAUACUACUAUCAAUAAUAAUGAGAAAAAUUUCAAUUCAAGCCAUUCACAGUGUAAAACACAAAUGCGUCGAUUAUUACCACAUACUAAAUCAUUUCAUGAUGAUAAUAUUAGUAAUAAUAAUAAUAUUAAUAAUGAUUAUGAUGAGUUGGAUUUAAUUGAUCAUCACAAUGACAAUAUUAAUAAUGGUAAUAAUAAUAAUAAUAAUAACGAUGACGAUGAUGAUUUUUGUGAAAUUAAUAAUAAUUAUAAUGACCAAAUGAAUUAUUCUUAUCAUUGUCAAGAUUAUAAACGACAAAUUGAACCACUGGUUGAUUUGAAAAAUUAUUGGUCAAAUGGAGUACCGGAUAUUAAUUGGAAUAGUGAUCAGAAAAAUUCUAUUCGUUCUUGCUCAAAUCGUAGGACAACAUCUCUGCACAAAAGUCGAGUUAUUAGUAGACGUCCGAGAACAAGGUCAAUACCUCGUCAAUAUCCAGUCAACACUAAUUUCUCACCUUAUCAUGAUGACACUUAUAGAAGAAGAUAUUCUCGCGGACAUUCGCUGGAAUAUACUCGUCAACAUCAUAAACACUCUUUAUUAAGAGGUUCUGAAACUAAUCUAUUAAAUAAUUUAGAAUAUUGUGAUGCUGAUCCACCAUCUGAAACUGCAGCGCUUAUUCAUUUGACAGAUGAACUACUUGGAUUACGCCAAGGUUUAAAGAGAACACGUGAAGCUAAUUCGGAAAGACUUGAAGUUGCAUUAAGGCAUAUUUCAUUACUUGAAUUGGAAUUACAACGUCAACGAUGUUUAAAUCAUGAUGUUGAAGUAGCUAGACAACGUGAAGUUGAACGUACACGAUGGGAAAAACGUCUAGCUGCAACACUUAAUGAAUUGAAAUGUUGUCAAACAGAUAUUGGUAAACUUCGUGAACAAGUUGAUCAAUUGGAAGCAUCCAAAAAGACUAAUAAUCAAUCUGAGUUGAAAUUAGAACGUCAACAGUUGGAAUUAGAUCAAACUAAAGCAACAUUAGAUGCACAAAAAGAAGAGAUAAACACAUUGAAUAAUCUACUCAAUUCAUUAUUUGGUCUUAAUCCAAACGAUGUAUCUCCAAAUGAUCUACAACGUUUACAAGUUGGUCUGCUUGACCUGCAUAAACAUAUGCAACCAGAAUAUGCCAAUCAAUACAGUCAUCACCAUCAGCAACAACAACAACCACAAGUUCCAAACUCUAUUCGUCCUCGACAAACUAUUCAUCGUACUCAAUCUCUAAUGACUGGUUUAACUGGUGUACCAGGAGGUAAUGAACGUAUGAACAGAGUGGAUUGGUUAAAUUCUAAUGUUAUCACAGCACCUAUUACUCAAUCAUCCAGUGGAAAUCAUCAAUUAUACUGUAAUGUACCUGAACAUCAUGAUUUAGAAGAUUGUCUUGGUCAAUUACAGUAUAGAAUUGAAGAGUUAUGUGAUCAGCAUGAAAUUACUCAGAAUAAACUUCGACAUAGUAUGAAAAUACGCAGAAAAUUAGAAUGUCAAUUAGAGGAACAAGAUUCUGUUUUAAAUCGAUUAAAAUCAGAGCUGCUGUCUUGUCAAGAAGAUUUAAAAAUUGCAAAACAAGAAGUUACACGUUUAUCAAGUGAAAAAGAAGCUGAACAGAAAUCGAAAAAUGAUCAACUCACUGGUAUAGUUACAGAUUUAGCCACUUUAGAGGCUACUGUCUGUCAACGUCGUACAGAACUCACCACACUUAAUACUAACAUACAAGAUUCUGAUCAACAACUUUCAAUCAUUAAAGCACAAGCUAAAGAAGCUGUUUCAAAAUAUGAAGAAGCUAAACGUGAAUAUGAUACUUUAAAAUCUCAGCUAGAUAUGAUACGUUCAGAAAAAUCAUUAGCUGAUGAAAAUUUAGAACAAUUACGAACAAAAUUAUCAAAAACUAAUCUUCAGGUUGAACGAUUAGAGUCGAAUAAAUCUAAUCUUGAAAAUCAACUUACACAAUUAGAAGAUGCUGUUAAUACAAAGAAAUCAGAAUAUAAUCAGUUAUUACCUAAUUUAAGUGAAUUGGAAUCAAGGUUGACCCGUACUCAGCAUGAUAUUGAAGUUGGUGCAGAACGUAUACGUAGUGAUCAAAAUUUAAGAUUAGAAGAUGAAAAAUUAACAGCUACACGUCAAGCUGAAUUAACUCGAUUAGCUAGACAAAUUGAUGAAGAUAAACUUCGUCUUGACUUAUUGAUACAAGAUACAGAAGCUAAAAAGAAUGAAUUAGAAUUAAUCAAAGCUGAGAAACGUCGUGAAUUAGAGAAUUCCAAUUCUGUCAUUCGUGAAUUAGCUAAUCAAACAGCAAUUAAACAACGUGAAUUAAAUGAAACACAAGCAUCAUUAAAUGCUUCAUUGGAUGAAAAAGAACGUAUUUUACAAUCAGUUAGAACACUUCGUUCUGAACGAGAUAAUAUACGCACGGAAAUGGAACAAGAACAAAAGUCUGUUGCAGAACUGACAGCAUUAGUAACACGACAAAAACGUGAAUUUGAACAUCUCACUGAAAUGUCACAUUUAGAAGAAUCAAGAAUAUUGAAUUUAAGCUCGCAACAACGUGAUUUAAUUAAUCAAUUAGAAAAAUUACAAAUUCAAUUAAAUGAAGAAAAAGAAGAAUUACGUGAACGUGAAUUGGCAAAAAUUAAAAAAAAUACUGAAUAUGAAAAUGUACGUAAAGAUGUUGUACGUGAACAAUCAGAAUUGGAACAUAUUCAAAAAGAAAAAGAACAAGUAGAACUGGAACUCACUCAUCUUCGUCAAGAACGUGAUAUCACUAAAACUCAGUGGCAUAGUUUUCAAUCAAAAAUUAAAGAAUUAGAAAAUCAAAAAGUUCAAUUGAGUGAUUCCAUCUCUGAAGCUAAUUUAACAUUAGCACGAAUUAAAGCAGAAUCUGAAGCAGCAUCCAGUGAACUUCGACAAAAACACAUUGAAUGCAAUGCUGCUUUAGCUGAUUGUGAUAGAAUGUUCAAACAAACAUCUGAUAGUCGUGAUGAGUUAAAUAUUGCUAAGCAACGUUUACAAAAAGCAAAUGAUUUAAAACAAUCCAUUGAAUCAAGUCUCAAUGAACAACGUCGUCAACGUGUUCUACUAUCAGAUGAAUUAAAUCAUUUAGAAGAAGCUGUACAUACAGGAAAAUUAGCUAAACAAUUAGCAGAUGAAAAUAGAGAAGCAAGUGAAGCAGCACUUAAAAAUGCUAUGGAUAAAUUAAAUAAAAUACAAACAGAAAAAAAGCUACUAGAAGAAGAGUUGGAUACUUUAAGAACAUCGAAAGAUAAUGAACUGUACUGUUUAAAUGAGCGUUUACGUAAUACACGUCAACAUUUAGCAUCGAUAGAAUCAGAAUUAUCAGAAAAAUCUUCAAAAUUAAAUGAAGUCAAUGAUAAAUUAACUAUAUUACAGAAUGAAUAUAUUGAUAAAGAACAGUCAAAAUCCAAUAGUCCAGAAUUUGACAAGAAGCUGGAAAAAUUAAAUGAUAAAAAUAAACAAAUGAUUUAUAAUCAACAACAGUUUAAUGAAUUAGAAAUGGAUAAUAUGACUAAAUUACAUGAGAACAAUAAUAAUACUACUACUACUGCUACUACUAUGAAUAAUAAUAAUAUUAAUAAUAAUAAUCUUUUACAAGCAUUAAUGGAUACAAAAUCUGCAUUAAUAGCUGCUCAACGUGAAUCAAAACGUUUAAAACGACGUACAGCACGUGAAGUUGCUGAAUUGGAACGUGUUGCUGAAGAACAAUGCAAUCGUGCAGGUGAUCUCACUGAACAAUUAUCUUUAGCUAGACGUCAAUAUGCUCAACUAAAAAGUCAAAUUACCACUUAUGGAAUUCUUAUGGAUGAAGUAAUUACGAUUGCUUCUCAAACUGAAUUAACUGAACAUGGUAAACGGUUGGAGACUGUUUUGUCAGCAGUUCGAGCUGAAUUACAACAACAUAAUCUUAACCAAAAUAAUAAUAAUCAUAAUAGUAAUCCAAUGAACACAUCAACAGUCAAUGAAAUGAAUUGUACUAAUUCAUCAACAUUGUUUGGACAAAGAAUUUGUGAUUUAUUAAAUUCUAAUACAGAUUCCAAAAUUAUAAAAGAUCAUUUUACAAAUAAUCAAGAAAUUCAGGAGAUGACUGAUCAUAGUUAUGCAAUGAAUGGAUUACCAAAAUCUCUAUUAUUAUUAACUAAUUCAUUUCAUGAAUUCAAUCAUAAUACACCAAGCAAUAUUCAUAGUAUGCAAUCAUUAACUGAUUCAUUGAAUGGUUUAAGUAAAAAAUCAAAUCAUCUCUCGCAUAGAUUAUAUUCUAAUGCUGAUGAAUCAGCACAUAUGAUAGAUGAUGAGCCUGGAUUGAACUAUACAACUUCUGGUUUAGGUUCCAGUAUCAAUCCUGGCACUCAAAUUGAUAGUAAUGUAGGAAGUGUACAUGAAAAUUCAACUCUUUUGUCACCAUCAACUAUGGGUGAAUCGAAACCAGUUAAAAGUAAUCAUUGUAAGCAAAGCAACAAAAGUGGUUCUACGGGACGACAACGGCCUCAUGAAGAAACUGCACCACUUACAACAUCUGGAUUUACAAAUCAAUCCCAAACACCUCGUCAUUCUAAAUCUGGAUACUCACGAUCUUCCAGACCUGGAUAA